AUGCCUCACCAAGAAAGCGGCGAGGACGCUGCAAGUGACACCAAGGUUGAGGAUGAGGGACUGCGAGCAUCCCGGGAGUUGAAGCUUGCCGCGGACCGGCAUCUUCUGGCGCGAAAGCAGCAGCUUUUGGCUGUCAACCAGACGCUUCUGGAGCGCAACAAGGAGUUGAUGAGGUUGGAGAAGGGAUAUGAGGAGCGGAAGAAACUUGCUGCGGUUGAGGAGAGUGAGAGGGUGAGGGAAGGAGUGGUUAGGAAGGACGCCGACGACGAUGAAAAUGCUUCCAAAAUGUUUCAGGGAAGCAAGGCCAUCAAAUAUGUACGCUCAGAGUUCGAAUGGGUAUAG